AAGGAAAGUGUCUUUUGAAUGCAUACCUCAGCAAUGGCAGAAGGAGAUAGCUGCGUCGCGCAACUGCACGACCGCACUCUCGGCGGAGGACGUCGGCAACCAGUCGCGGCAGCUGUGGAGGUGUUCUUCAUUGACCGGCUGCACAGCAUUGACGAGCGGAAGCGACGCGGCGACACACUCUCUGCCGACGAGAUACGCGGCGCCGAGAGGGCCGCCAGCAUACAGUUAGUCGACAUACACAAGCCCGGAGCACCUGUCGGUCCACAACUUGACGCACAGGCUGAAGUCGCGAACUAUCUCAGGCAGAUCGGAGACCAGCUAGAUAAAGAUCAAAAGUUGGAUGACCUGCUUAACUCGAUAGCGCCGGCGAAUGCAACGAAGCAGACGUUCUACAACGCGUCGCCAUGCAGCUAUUCGCUGACGGCACAUUCAACUGCGGGCCGCGUCGUUUUUGCCGCUCUCUACUUCGCUUACGCUCGCCUCCGUGCUGCGGACGCUGGAUCAAAUUCCUCUAAUCAGGACAAUAAUUGACUGGGUUGUUAGCUUUGUUGUGGAAAAGAUAGCCAGCUGGAUCAUUGGCAGAGGAG